GCAACUGCAUCGGAGCUCGGCCAAAGUGAGCAGCAGCAGGAAAGCAGACUCGUGGAAGAUGACAACAGCAGCUAGGCCAACUUUUGAACCUGCAAGAGGGGGGAGAGGAAAAGGAGAAGGUGAUUUGAGCCAACUCUCAAAGCAAUAUUCAAGCAGAGACGUACCCUCUCAUGCAAAGAUAAAAUAUAGACAGACCACUCAGGAUGCCCCGGGAGAAGUUCGGAACCGUGAUUUCAGGAGCGAGUUGGAAGAGAGAGAGAGAGAGAGAGCUGCUGCAAGAGAAAAAAACAGAGACCGGCCAACCCGAGAACAUACAACCUCCUCUUCAGUGUCAAAGAAGCCUUGGUUGGACCAGAUUCCCGCUGCCAACCUCGAUGCACACGACCCUCUAACAGGUGAGGAAGAUGAAGAUUUUGAAGAGGAGAGUGAUGAUGAUGAUACUGCAGCUCUUCUUGCAGAGCUGGAAAAAAUUAAAAAAGAAGGAGCUGAAGAGCAGGCCAGGAAGGAAGGAGAACAAAAGGCUGAAGAAGGAAGGAUUCGUAUGGAAAACAUUCUGAGGGGAAACCCUCUCCUUGAUCUCACUGGCCCAUCCCAGCCUCAGGCCAACUUCAAAGUUAAAAGAAGGUGGGAUGAUGAUGUCGUUUUCAAGAACUGUGCAAAAGGUGUAGAUGAUCGGAAGAAAGACGAAAGAUUUGUCAAUGAUAUGCUGCGAUCUGAAUUUCACAAAAUGUUCAUGGAGAAAUAUAUGAAAUAG